AUGCGUUUUCACUUUCCUCGUACAAUCUUUAUGGAUCGGUACAUGGCCAGUAACUACGACUAUGUCAGCAAAAUAAGGGAGACAAGAAACCAGCUUCGAAACGAAUUGUCCAAUGUUCGUGCCGAACUCAAAGGCUUGGAUGAAUUCCCAAUAGGCGACCGUACUGAGAAGCUUGUUAGUAUUCUCAAUGCUGCGCUCAUGUUUGCUAAAGGAGGCCAAGCAAAAACCGUACCUAGUGAGAAAAUGGACGAAGGUGCGGCUGUCAUAGCAUUGCCAGGACCAGUGAACGCGAACAAGACGCAAUCAUUCGUCGAGGAAAAAGUUGCAGUAACCCCUACUGCGGCGAACUCGGAGCAGCUUGCUACGUUUGUGCCAGAGCUGGAGAAGGCAAUAAAAGGUCUAGAAGAAAAGCAUAAA